AUGCCUGCCAAAGAUGGAGAAAAGUGGGAAGUAAUAGUGCCCGAUGAUGAUGGGCUGGAUCAGCUCAUGUCGGAAUGGACCUCUCAACAAAUGGCUAGAGGUGUAAGUGGGGAAGGAAGAUGGCAGAGGUUGUGGGGUAGUUUCGAGAAAGGCGUUUUAAGAGCGGAUUUCUUCAGAUACAUGUCGAUGUUUGUCAAGGGGGGUAUAUACUCUGAUUCUGAUACCAUGCCCAUAUCACAUCCCUAUCUAUGGGGUCUAGGCGCUCCCUCCAUCCUCGAUUCCGAUAUAGAGAUCCUGUCGAGACACAUCAUGCAAGCUUCCUCAUCAACUUACAAUGGUCCUGCUAACCGAGGGUCGGUCUCUGCCUAUCCUCAAGGGGGCCUACAUAUCCCUCCUAACAGUACGGCUGAUGAUGUUCUCCCCUCGUACGUUCCACCGUAUUACACUCGUGCUCGACGAGCACCAAUCCCUCAGAUAGACCGUGUUCCAACUACCAUACUGAAUCCCGAGAUAUCGAUAGUAGUAGCCGUCGAAUGGGAUAGUAUGAUAGGAAGGACACUAGGCAUGUGGAGACAAUGGACUUGGUGGAGGUUCAAGCGAAGCUGGCCAGAUUGUUGUUUCCCUAGAGGCUUGGAGAUGGUGCAGAACUUAUUGGUUUCGAAACCAUUCCAUCCGAUCAUGCUGGACACUCUUGCGACUAUCGCUGGCAUGGUGGAUGGUGGUCAGGCAAAGGAUCUUGGGCCGCUCGAGCUUACAGGUCCUGGUCCAUUUACCGAUGCUGUCCUUCGCUAUCUUCUCGUACAAUACGGUGUAACCCCUUCGGAUUUGAGAGUAUUACGCGGUCCAGUCAGAGUAGGCGAUGUUCUGAUCCUGCAGGAAGAAGCAUGGCAUGCCCCUGAUAAGGCUAUACGCCAGUUGUUAUCUCGCGUUCGAUCUCUGGGGUAUGAUCUGCUGGAAAAGGGACAGGAUCCUUGGUUAUUUGGAUCAGGAUGGGAAAAUUGGCAGAGUGGUGGAAAGAAAGUAUCAUAUCAUGGAUUGACCGGUAUUUGGAAAGGGAAGGCGCAAUGA